CCCAACCCCAACCCAAAGCAGGGCAUCGGCGCACGUGCUGCUCGCCUCGCACGCACGGACGGACGGGGCAGAGCCGGCCAGCCGCCGCCGAGAAAGUUUCUCGGCAGCAGUUGGGGAGGCGAGUUAACACGAAAGCGAAUCCUCUCGCUUUCGCUUCUUCAUUCACUCACCACCGCCACCUUCCCCUCUGCCUCCCCUCCCCCAUUCCAUUCCCCUGGGUUCGGUUUAGAAUCCGGGGGAACGCCGGCGGACGAAGCCACGGGCGCACCGCACGGCAUCCUCCCCCCUCCCCCACAUCUGCCAAACGUGCUCGCGCACGCAGCGGCUGUUGCCACCUCCCCGAUCCGCCGACGACAACGCGCGAUUCCGUGCGCCCAAGGUCUGGUGUGCUUCUUCCUUCAGCUGUUAUUUUUCCACCUCCCUUCUUUAUGCGCGUCUCGCUCUGGAUGGGACGAGCGGCGGAAUGCGGGCGGUUCAAGUGGUUGAUUCGUGGGAGGGAUUUUCUUGGUUGGUUUGGCGGGGGGAGGUUGGCUGGCGUUAGGAUUUGGGGGCGGACUGUGGAUGAUGGGUUUGGUGGUGUUUCUUGUGUGUGAAUCUGGCGGAGGCUGCGGGAUCACGGUGUGUUUGUUGCUGAUCCGGGCGUUCUGGGUGUUGGUUGGGCUUGUGGAUUUCUGUACAGAAGGUGGGAUUUCUGUGCCGAGUGCUUAGUUGCGGCGAGGGAGGGGGAAUUCUGAUCUGUAGCUGGAACCGUUUUGUAUGUAGCGGCUCCGCGUUUUCUGUAUUUUCCUUGGCGCCAGUGAGAUCAUAAGAUUUCCUUUUCUUUUCGUGCUACUGGAUGAUUUUUGGGAGCUCCAAUUGCUGUUUUUGGGAUGGUUAGUUAUUGCUUUGUUAUGCCAACUACUGUGAAUUGCUUGCUUCGUCAUGUCAACUACUGUGAAUGGCUUGCUUCGUCAUGCCAACUACUGCCAAUGGCUUGCUUCGUUAUGCCAACUACUGUGGAUGGCUUAAGGGAUAAAAAAUCACUAGCUGAUGUGGUGAAAGGAUGGCUUCUUAGAGUGUAACAAGUAUCGCGCAAUGAUGAAUUGGAAAGUAAUUUUUCAAGAGAACAUGAGGGCUGCGUUGGAGAUUAGCUCAUACAUUUUGAAGGAUCCGGUGAACUUCUCCUGUUGGCAAACUCCCCGACUUGGUACAAAGACUUCUGAAGUUGCAGUAUUUGGCAGCACUAUGAAACCCGAUUGGUUCAUUUUCUCCAAGCUUGAUCAUAACGGAGGAUACCUGCACAAGUUUCCACUAGGCUCUCCAAUAUCGCAUGAUAUCGGGUUAGGAUUGAUAUCACAAGUUGGAGCUUUAGUCGAGAGUUCCUUUCAGCAUCCACGGCAUUUAAGCUCUGCAGGAAGUGGUGCAGUUCAGGAAGCAUUCAGCUCCUUCAACAAGGUUGCUGGAGCUUUCUAUUUCUGCCUUUCUAGAGCAUCAAAUCCCAAGAUUUUACACAGGUUGUCUGCUGUUGCGGGCUCUGGUUCAAGAGCCUGUCGGGCACACAUAAAGCAAGUGACCUCUUGCGUGCAGCACUUGGCUGGAUUGCAAGUCAGAGAAGAGCAUGCUAUACAAAUGCUCUUAGCCAAGCUUGCAAACGCAACGCUUGGGCGAGUGUGGAAUGAGGUUGAGGAGCGUCAUGCCUGUAACAUUCUUAUGCUGGCUACCGCUAGUGUAAUACCACCAUUUGAAAACAUAUCGCCGAUGAUGCUUGCGGAUUCAAUGAUGUUGGGAAAAGAUGGUGACCAAAUCAGAGAACAUGUUGAUCAGCCUUAUUUGGACGAAAGGCACCCAGGUUGUGCUCGUGUUGCUGUGCCAAGAACAAUAUUGCUGGAAGAUCUGACAGAACCAAGAACUGGGAUCAAGUUCCCUACUCUUCUUGAGGAGAAUUCCAAUCCAACCGCAGAGGUGCUUGUCGGGAUGGGUUACAGAAAUAUGCGGAUAAUGAAGGUCAAAAACCUGAAUCUUUAUGCCUUUGGAUUAUAUAUACAACCGGAUUCUAUCUGCAAGAAGCUGGGUUCAAAGUAUGCUUCUGUUCCAGUUGCCGAGCUGAAGGAUCACCCGGAUUUCUAUGAAGAUCUUCUAAGGGAAAAUAUUCAUAUGACAGUCAGGCUGGUAGUUAGCUACAAUGGGCUUAGCAUUAGUGCAGUGCGAGAUGCAUUUGAGAAGUCUCUUGGCUUUCGACUGCAAAAGAUGAAUCCUAAUACCGAUUACCAUUGUUUGAAAACAUUUGGAUCUUACUUCAGGGAAGACAUUCGAAUACCUGCAGGUACAAAGAUCGACUUCCGUCAAACAUGUGAUGGCCAGCUUAUAACUGAAGUUGAUGGCAAACAAAUUGGUGCUGUCCAGAGCAAAGAUCUUUGCAGGGCUUUCUUCGAUAUGUAUAUCGGUGACCCGCCUGUUUCAGUGGAGACCAAACAAGACAUCGCUCAGAAUGUGGGUGGACUCAUUAGAAGAUGCUAGGGUAAUGGCUAACUAAAUAGCCGGCGGUUGGAAUUAUUUGAUUCUUCUAUUAGGGGGGAAAGAGCAUAUAUAUAGAUACGGGAAACCAGGAGAAGAUCGGUUGUAUGUAUAGUAGUGAUAGAUCUGUAACUUGUAAACUAUAGACUGGCAGAACUUGUAACUUGCAGAGGCUUAGCAUCUUCUCCUGGGCAAAUGCCUCCAUGAUUUUCAUAUGGGUUGGCAUUUUGCUGUUUCCUGGAUUGUAUCAUGUACACUGAUCCAGUUAGAAGUGUAGCAGAGAGCGCGUGUUUCCUGCAUCAUCAAUAUCAAAAUAAUGGCUUCGGCUUUUCUCCGA